GGGUAAGGGAGGGCUCGCCCGGUUCCCGCGGCUCCCGGUGAGCCGGCCUCGGGCGGCGGCUUGCACGGGCCUGGCCCCCUCCGCGGCCGGUGCGUCUCCCGCGCUGCCUCCGGGAGAAGCCGCGGCCUGAGGCCGGCCUGGGUGCUCCCGGGACCGGGCAGAGGCUCGCAGGCUCAGGUGCCGCCUUUGUACGCCGCGCUGAAUGGAUUUGAUGAUCGGUCCCUGGCGGGAUGCCUUCCUGACGGACUCCGUGGCUCGGUGGACACGGGGGCCAUCCUGUUCUAGCCUGAUCUUUGCUCGCGAGUGGUGUAAGCAGAGCUACCGUGGGCCCUCCCUUUCCCCGGGCGACUGGAAGAGCUGCUGCGGUGUCUCGGACUGGGCACUGCCUGCUGCUGAUGACGUCGUCUGCUGUCAUUGGCUGCGUGGUGCCAGCGGUUCCCAUCCGGUCUUGAGGCCAGCAAGGUUGAUGGGUGGUGUCAGUUCUGCUGUCCUGUGAUUGGCUGCUGCGACUUCAUCCUGGCCUGUGAUUGGCUGCUGCGACUUCAUCCUGGCCUGUGAUUGGCUGCUGCGACUUCAUCCUGGCCUGUGAUUGGCUCUGACUUUAAGGAUUCAUCAAGUUAGAGUUAUCCAUGGAUUCCUCUGGGCAGCUCCGACCAGAAGAUACCCAGUCGGUAGUGAGCAGGAUGCAGAAGAAGUACUGGAAAACUAAACAGGUCUUUAUGAAAGCAGCAGGGAGGAAGGAGGAUGAGCACGUGGUGGCGUCUGACGCAGAGCUGGAUGCUAAGCUCGAGGUUUUUCACUCCAUCCAGGAGACAUGCAAUGAACUUCUGAAGAUAGUUGAGAAGUAUCAACUAAGACUCAAUGUUAUAUCAGAGGAAGAAAACGAACUAGGGCUCUUUUUAAAGUUUCAAGCAGAACGGGACACAACUCAAGCUGGCAGAAUGAUGGAUGCCGCCGGCAAGGCACUCUGUUCUUCAGCCAAGCAAAGAUUGGCCUUGUGCACUCCCCUGUCUCGUCUUAAGCAAGAAGUAGCGACGUUCAGUCAGAGGGCCGUUUCUGACACCUUGAUGACCAUUAAUCGUAUGGAGCGGUCUCGUACAGAGUAUAGAGGAGCCCUGCUAUGGAUGAAGGAUGCAUCCCAGGAGCUUGACCCAGACACCUUCAAACAAAUGGAAAAGUUUAAAAAAGUACAGAUCCAAGUGAGAAAUAGCAAAGGUUCUUUUGACAAGUUAAAGAUGGAUGUCUGUCAGAAGGUGGAUUUGCUUGGAGCUAGCCGCUGCAAUAUGCUGUCGCAGUCUCUCACUACCUACCAGAGAACAUUGCUUGGGUUCUGGAAGAAAACAGCUCAAACGAUGUCCCAAAUCCAGGAGGCCUGUGCUGGCUUUCAUCCCUAUGACUUCCUAGCUCUCAAGCGACUACAAGACACACCAGGCAACCUCACUGCAGACUACAACGAAGAAGCAGCAGAAGGCAGCCGACUCACUGCAGACCUCAAUAAAGUAGCUCUGUCAGAAGAGGAAGAGAGACUUGAGAGAGAACCAGCAGCUGCAAGAGCUCAGCCUAGAGACUCGCUGGAAGGAGACGAUUUUGAGAAGGAAUUCUCGUUUCUGAGCAGCCUCCUAAGCCCCACGUCUUCAAGUGCUAGUGAAUGCACACAGGAAUGCCAGCCGGCCUGCAGGAGCCCCAGCGCUGACCUCCGCUCCCAGGAGCCCUCAGGGGGGUCGGGGCCUCGCUCCUCCUCCUCCUCCCAGUUCCUUCCUUCACAGCUCUUUGACCUGGGCCUUCAUGCUGGAACGCGCGCCAGCUGGGUCUCCCAAGAGGAAUCAGAACACUCAGAGAACCUGACAGUGCCUUCACAGAGUCCCAAGAAAUUAAAAUCCCCCAACAAUGGUAACCAAGACAUGUCAGCCUGGUUCAAUCUAUUUGCAGACUUGGAUCCCCUCUCCAACCCAGACGCCAUUGGACACUCAGACGACGAGCUUCUCAACGCCUGACUGGGGUCACAGGUUCAGGGGUCUCAAGGCAGCACCCGUGCAACAUUUGCCUUUGUGGAGGAGUCCCACUGUGAACACACAGAAGUGUGUGUUCAAGACCGACCACCUGCCUGCCAACCUCAGCCAGGGGGUCUGGCGUCUGAGCAGCCUGUGUAUUUAUUAUGCUGGAUGUGCAAGCUGUUGAUAGUAUGUGGGAGUUUUUAGAACCUCCCGAGUCUGCAAUACUGAGAAACCAAACUUACGUCUAAUCACAGGAGCACGGCGUAUUUCUUUGGGUAGUGUUUGAUAGUUACGUUACUUUGCUGUACGUGGGUAGAGAAUAGGAAUAAAGCGGCUAUAGUUUGGGGUUGGUUUUUUGAUACUGGCAGGUGUUUUCUGUUUGGGGGAAUAGCUCUCUCCUUGAUUACAGUGUAGAACAGGACUAGAGAACUCGGGCCGCUUUACUGAAUGAAAUUCGAGAAACUUGUGCUUGCUUUUCUGUAUUGGAAGAUAAAUGCAACAUUGUCUUCAUUCACACACAAUCAUGGGGACCCCCGAGAAAGCACUGAAUUUUCAUGGGGAGAGCGGCAGGAUGGAACUCCUCCUCUUCUGUAGAGAUGGAGAACAUAGGACUGGACAGGCUGUUUCACACACUGCCGCAGCACGUGUGGUGACGCAUCCUUCCCACAAAGGACACUGAGGGAGAGUGCUGCCUACCUGGGCAGUCUUCCCGAAACCUCCAGAAACUUCUCCAGCACCUCAUGUUAUAUUCUUACCUCAUUUCUUCACACGGUCUAACCCCGAAGGCUUUGACUGACAUGGAAGAUUCCACCGGGAGUAAGGGGCGGCCCAUGUUCUUCCUUUCCGUCUAACCCGAGAUGGCGUCUGAUCUUAAGCCAAAGCUACAGGCAGAGGCUGAGGAUCUAAGUUCUGGGGCGGGGGAAGGCUGGUUUAGUGGCGGGUGGGGAAGCCUGAGAAAGCACGGCUCAGAGGUGUGCCGCUCACUCGGCUCCCUGCGCACCCUUUAACGUGGGGAGUUCCAUCAACCUCGAGGAAUGAUAACUUCGUCUUGGUUCUGUGCUCUUUCUUUGCGAGGGUAUUCUUCCCAAUGAGUGACUUCACAGUUAUCUAUCGUCCUCGUAGAUAGACGUGUCAGAAGCAGCCUGUUAUCUGGUAUAACCAUACUUCAGUGAGCAGGAAAUCAAUGCCCUGUCCAGACAAAGUCUGAACCCUCAACUAUGAAAAUGAAGGGUCAAUACCUUCCAUUUUCCCAGAUCAAAGUUAUCACAAAUCAACACAUGCAAUUAUCACUACUCAGUUUUUGGUUAUCUUUCAAUACAAUGUAUGGUUUAUUUCCUAGUUAGCCAGGAAGCCACAUUAACUGCCUUACUAAGUUUUGUUAUAACUUCAAGUCAAACAAUUCCAUUCAGUAGCUCAUUAAAUGAAAGUUAUUUAUACUACCUUCUCAUGAUUAAGUAAUUUGAGGCUCAAUCAUUAAUAAUUUGAUGGUUGAAAAAGAAAUUUUACAGGGCUGGAGAGAUGGUUCAGCGGUUAAGAGCACUGGCUGCUCUU